UCUCUCUCUCUCUUUUCCCACACUGGAUUCAGAAAGCUUCAUGCUGCAAUGACUGUUACCUACCUUUCUCGCAAAUAUAUCAUUUUGGAGUGAAAAUCAGGAAAAGCUUUAAUUUUAUAGCUUUGGAAGUGUUCCAUUUUCCUAGGGCAGAGGGAGCAGGUUCAGUACUGAGAGGAACUGAAGGGGUUAACACUGGACUUGGCUGAGUGUCAGUUAAACUUUUUUUUUGGCUCUGCUCCGGGUUUCCCCUCGAAGGGAUUUCCCUCCGCCUCUGCGCCUCUGCAACAAGACCCUUUAUAAAGAGCAGACUUUCCAUUUCACUCCUCACUGAGCCUCACUGGCUUUGGGAGCUAAAGACUUCCUGAGCACUUUCAGGUGGGACGGAAAGAAGAGUUUUGGAACCAUUAUUUUCUCAUCACAGGAGCAACUUAAAAUGCCUAGGAAGACGGUCGUGAUCUUUGGAGCCUUAAAUAUACUUUGGAUGGUGUUUGCAGCUUCUCAAGCUUUUAAAAUUGAGAUCUUCCCUGAAUCCAAAAUUCUUGCUCAGAUUGGUGACUCCAUUUCACUGACUUGCAGCACGACGGGCUGCGACUCUCCAUCUUUCUCUUGGAGGACCCAGAUAGACAGUCCACUGAAUGGGAAGGUGAUAAACGAGGGGACCAAAUCCACACUGACUCUGGAGCCUGUUGGUUUCGCGCAUGAACACUCUUACUUGUGCACGGCGACUUGUGGACAUGACAAACAGGAAAGAGGAGUCCAGGUGGAUCUCUACUCUUUCCCUGAGGACCCAGAGAUCAGUUUCAGUGGUCUUCUGGAGGUUGGGAAGCCAGUCACGGUCACAUGUUUGGUCCGAGAUGUUUACCCAUUUGACAGGCUGGAGAUGCAUUUACUCAAGGGUGACCAUCUCAUGAAGAAUCAGGAAUUUGUAGAGGAUACGGAUGUCAAGGCCUUGGAAACCAAGAGUUUGGAAGUAACCUUUACUCCUACCAAUGAGGAUAUUGGAAAAACUCUUGUUUGUGGAGCUAAAUUACACAUUGAUGAAAUUGAUUUUAAGCUCAAAGAAAAGGAGACUACAAAAACAUUACAAGUCUACAUCUCACCCAGGAACACAGUUAUCUCUGUGAAUCCCUCCAAAAGGCUGCAGGAAGGUGGCUCCGUGACAAUGACAUGUUCCAGUGAAGGUCUACCAGCUCCACAGAUUCUCUGGAGCAAGAAGUUAGAUAAUGGGAAUCUACAGCUUCUUUCUGAGAACGCAACUCUCACUUUAAUUGCUAUGAGGAUGGAAGAUUCUGGAAUUUAUGUGUGUGAAGGAGUUAAUCUGGCUGGAAGAGACAGAACACAGGUGGAAUUAAUUGUUCAGGAGAAACUGUUUACUGUUGAGAUCUCCCCUGGACCCCAGAUUGCUACUCAGAUUGGUGACUCAGUCACGUUGACAUGUCGUGUCAUGGGCUGCGAGUCCCCAUCUAUCUCUUGGAGAACCCAGAUAGACAGCCCUCUGAGUGGGAAGGUGAGGACUGAGGGGACCAAGUCCACACUGACCCUGAGCCCUGUGAGUUUUGAGAAUGAACAUUCUUACCUGUGCAUCGUGACCUGUGGGCAUAAGAAAGUGGAAAAGGAAAUUAAGGUGGACCUCUACUCGUUCCCUAGUGAUCCAAAAAUUGAGAUGAGUGGUCUGCUAGUGGAGGGAAACCCAGUCAAUGUAAGCUGCAAAGUUCCUGAUGUGUAUCCAUUUGACCGGCUGGAGAUUGAAUUACUCAAGGGGGAGAGUAUUAUGAAGAAAAAAAACUUUUUGGAGGAUGUGGAUAAUAAAUCCCUAGAGACCAAGAGUCUGGAAAUGACCUUCAUCCCCACCACUGAAGAUACUGGAAAAGUUCUUGUUUGUCAGGCUAAGUUACAUAUUGAUGAAAUGGAAUUUGAACCCAAACAAAGGCAGAGUACACAGACACUUUAUGUUAACAUUGCCCCUAGAGAUACAACCAUCUCGGUCAGCCCCUCCUCCAUCCUCGAGGAAGGUAGUUCCGUGAAUAUGACAUGCUCUAGCGAUGGCCUUCCAGCUCCAAAAAUCCUGUGGAGAAGGCAGCUGAAUAAUGGGGAGCUACAGUUUCUUUCUGAGAAUACAACUCUCACCUUAAUUUCUACAAAAAUGGAAGAUUCUGGUAUUUAUGUGUGUGAAGGGAUUAACCAGGCUGGAAAAAGCAGAAAAGAAGUGGAAUUAACUAUUCAAGGAAGAGAGAAUAACAAGGACUAUUUUUCCCCUGAACUUCUCGUGCUGUAUUGUGCAUCCUCCUUAAUAAUACCUGCCAUUGGAAUGAUCAUUUACUUUGCAAGAAGAGCCAACAUGAAAGGGUCAUACAGUCUUGUAGAAGCACAGAAGUCAAAAGUGUAGCUAAUGUUUGAAACGUUCAACCAGAGACACUAUUUAUCAGUCCAAAUCCUUAAUAUUGCUCAUCAUUCCAUGAGGAAAACAAGCUGAGAGUCCAGAUUUCCCUAAAUGCAGUGAACUCUUGGAAGGCAAUGGCUGCCCACCUCCCUUGCUGUGAGCAAGAAGCCAAAGGAAAACUUUCUGCCUAAAAACUAGGCACUGCCAUUGAGAUGUGAUGGCUGGAGUAGUUCCUUGAUGUGUAUAUACAAUAACAUGAUCUGUACAUAUGUAAAAUAAAACUGAGCCAUAGCAACAUUGCAUGGAACAGCAGCACUAUAUAGUCAGAUCUCGAAAAUAAUUAAACCGUGUUGUUUGGACCGAUUGUUGUAACUUAAUAUAUCUUAGGAAAAUUUAACAUUAAUAUUGACUGGCAGCUGACCUAUGUCACAUUUUUUAUAUUUUAUUUCUUUUAACAAAAUUUAAUUCCUAUAAAGUUCUCUGACAAUAAUUUCAUGUUUUGUAAGGAUGCCAGGGUUUUAUACUUUUAUAGGCAAAUGAUAAACCAAGAGGGCACUGGUUGACUUUCAGGUACUGAACACUUCAACCCGUGGUGUAAUGGUUGGCUGGAUUUCUCUGGAUGGUACUGACAUGGUACGGAGACCUGCUACGAUGUUGAUUCAUCAGACUGUUGUGUAACUUUCCCAAUGUGGCCUAAAAAUGCGACUCCUUUUAAUUUUCUUUUGUAAAUGUUUAGUCUUUUGUACAGUAAAGUGGUAGUUUCUGGAAUUGGAA